AUGGCGGCGCGCGCUUGCCUGCUAUUGCUGCUUAUCAGCGCCUGCGCAGCUCGCGAGUGCAUUGAACUUACCCUCUCGGAAAAGAGCAUAGCCGACAGCAUCUUUAAUGGGACAUUAUUAAAAAUAUCUGCGAAAAACGAGAGCUACGAUGACAGUGUUAAAACAAACGUUCUGGAACUUUGGGACAGAUUCCCGAAAAUCAUGGUCCCAAUGAAUGGGACUAGUGAGCAGUGCCGGCGGGAUAGUCGCCUCUUUCUGGACAGCUUGAACCGGUUGGAACUGUGGGCUUUAAAAAUGUUUGACGCCACAGCGAAACCACCGUCAGGCAUUUUAAGCGGUAAUGCAAACCAAUAUGGUGACUUCGAUGAAUGUUUGGACAUCGACGGCACAGUCCGAGGCAAAUACUGCUUGGCCUCUUUGCAAGUAACUCUGAAAGGCAGCAAGGAGCUUGACCAUUUGGACACUUUAAUCCACAGUGGACAUUAUUUAAGAAGCAAUGUUACUGACACCGAUUAA